AUGAGUGACGAUGAAGAGGGCGGCUAUGACACCAUCACACAUACCGAGACGGGACGAGGCGUGAAGCUGCUCUUCUCCAAGAGCAAGGUCUACAUCCACCCGACUCCUUCAGCAAAAGACAAUAUACCAGGCUACAUGGCGCUGCUGCAACAAAAGCCGCCGACUGGACGCCCGACAUCCUCCUCCUCUCACGAGUCCAAGGCUCCCGGCUCAUCCGAUCUUUUGUUGGCCUGGGUUCCCGAGUCAGCUCUCGGAGACUCGGCGAGCAUCUACGUCAAAGUCGAUCUCUGCGAUGGCGACUCGCCACCCAAGCAGUCCUACCUCGUGCCCCCUCCGCCCACCGUCACAUCACAUAGCGGUUCGGUAGGCGGUUAUUCCUUUGCCAUCCCCGUCAGCGCCAUAUACUCUCUGCUUGUGCGGCCUCCGAGCCUAGGAUGGUGGUAUGGCUCCAUCGUCAUCAAUUCCAGAGCUGGGGACAGCUUCCCCGCGCUGUUCUUCCACGACAACGAGUGCCAGAGCACCAUUCUACAGAAGAAGAAGCUGGCCCGGGAUAACUUCGAUCCAUUUGGUGAAUCUGGACAGGUGUUCUGGGGAGCAGACGAAGUGCUGCGAUGGCUGAAGCGAUACGUCAAGACGGAACGUUCAGGUGCCGAACCUAACAUCUAUCUUGUGGAGCCCAGCAAGGACGACCUAGAAGCUUUCGGCCCCGGGGCCGACGGUGUGUCGAAGCAGACCAUGCCCGGCAACAAUGCUGCUGGGAGCAGUCGCGACGCCCAAGCGGAUCCGUUUGUCAAGUUUGUCAAGGAAACCGGCUGGCACAUUAUGAAUCAGUUCAGCAAGGUCACAACGUUUACCAGGAGGGCGGCUCAAGACUUUGCAGAGAAUAAUAAUUUGCCUCCCCAGGUGAAGAGGCUGCUGAGGAACCCCGAAGUGCAGACCCUCCAGGAUGAGUUUGACAGCGCGAGGAUUUAUCUUGCCCGCUGGGCCAUGGGCAUGGCGGAGCAAAGCGAGAGGGAUCGACGGGGACGAAUCUGGACCGUCAAGGACGUCGUCGAUCUGGAAGACACGGACGUGGGGGAGUUUGAGCUGCUCCAAGGAGCGAGCGCCCUUUCCCUGGAAGAGAGACGGAAACCCGUCACCAUGGCGGAGUGGGAGACGUUUUACGACCCCGAGACCGGCCGGUUGUCCUUGACCGUAGACGAGGUCAAGGAACGCGUCUUUCACGGCGGUCUCGACGCCGAGGACGGCGUUCGCAAGGAAGCCUGGCUGUUCCUCCUGGGCGUAUACGAGUGGUACGGGACCGCCGACGAACGAAAGGCGCAGAUCGCCUCACUGCGCGAUCAAUACUACCGGCUGAAGCACUCUUGGUGGGAGAGACUCGCGGGCGACGGGGGCGAAGGCGAGACGGGCGACUGGUGGCGGGAACAGAGAGGCAGGAUCGAAAAAGACGUCCACCGAACAGACCGCACCGUGCCCAUCUUCCAGGGAGAAGAUGCACCCCAUCCGGACCCCAACUCGCCCUUUGCCGACGUCGGCACCAACGUCCACCUGGAGCAGAUGAAGGAAAUGCUCCUCACGUACAACGAGCACAACAAGGACCUGGGCUACGUCCAAGGCAUGUCGGACCUGCUGUCGCCCAUCUACGCAGUCAUCCAGGACGACGCCAUCGCCUUCUGGGGGUUCCAGAAGUUCAUGGAGCGCAUGGAGCGCAACUUCCUGCGCGACCAGUCGGGCAUGCGCGGCCAACUGCUCACGCUGGACCAGCUCGUGAACUUCAUGGACCCCAAGCUGUGGAACCACCUGCAGUCGGCGGACAGCACCAACUUCUUUUUCUUCUUCCGCAUGAUCCUCGUGUGGUACAAGCGCGAGUUUGCGUGGGUAGACAUCCUGCGCCUGUGGGAGGGCCUGUGGACGGACUACCUGAGCGCCGAGUUUCACAUCUUUGUCGCGCUGGCGAUCCUGGACAAGCACAGGGACGUCAUCAUGGGCCAUCUCAAAGCCUUUGACGAGGUCCUCAAGUACGUCAACGAGCUCUCCAACACCAUGGAUCUCGAAUCAACUCUCAUCCGGGCAGAAGGCCUGUUCCGCAAAUUCCAACGCCUGGUAGAGGCCGUCGACAAGAAGCAGAACUUUCCCGGACCCAGAGCGGGCUCCCCGGCCCAGGAGCCACGGCCACGCUCACAAGCACAAGCACAAGCACAAGCAUACGCACAGGCACAGGCACAGGCACAAACGUCACCCGAGGGCAGAGAAGCAGAGACGCAGCAAAAGAUCAUCUCACACGAACUAAGACGUCUCCUGAGCAAAAAGGUAGAGGUCCUGCCUCGCAAGACGGUCGCACAAAGGGGCGACGGGAUGCCAGGGAAGUAA